GAAGCAGUUUAUACUCCGCUACGCCCCUCUCCCCCCGAUGGCGUGCGUGGAUCAACCUGUCUACCUCUGUGUUCACGUGUAGGCAAAUCCUUCUGCCGUGUCUCCGUCCGUCUCGUUUCAACCAUGUCUGUAGUCAGAACGAGUUUAAAACUGUUCCUGUUCACCGCACUCACCGUCCUGGCCGUGCUGCUGUUGCGACAGUGGAUGGCCACUAAGCAGUACGUUUUCAAUAAAGAAGACGUCGCUAAAUUGGCCAAACAGUACGCAGGACAGGACCACGAACAGGCCUUCGCCAAAGUGGUGGUGGAGCUCAGGAAGAGGUAUCCUGGCCACAUCCUGCCAGAUGAGGACCUGCAGUGGGUGUUUGUGAACGCCGGUGGUUGGAUGGGCUCCAUGUGUCUCCUCCACGCCUCGCUCACAGAGUACCUGCUGCUGUUCGGUACCGCAGUGGACACAGGAGGACACUCGGGUCGUUACUGGGCCGAGAUUUCUGACACCAUCAUAUCCGGCACCUUCAGACAAUGGAAGGAGGGGACGACAAAGAGUGAAAUGUACUACCCAGGUGACACCAUCGUACACAGCGUAGGCGAGGCCACGUCGGUCCAGUGGAGCACCGGGACGUGGAUGGUGGAGUACGGCAGAGGUUUCAUCCCCUCCACGCUAGGAUUUGCUCUGGCGGACACUUUGUUUAGCACGCAGGACUUCCUCACAAUGUUCUACACCGUACGUGUCUAUGUCAAGGGAAUGCUGCUUGAGGCCGGUACGCUACUUACGGAGGCUGAAGUUUUCUGAGGUAUGGACUUGAUAAGGACAAUUACACUACCGGUUUGCCAUGUACUCACACAAUAACACCCCUGGACACUAACAACUAGCAUAGGGGCAAAUCCAGGAUGGGUCAUUUGCGGUUUUAUUGGGUAUUAUAGACUUCAUUCCAAAUUAGCACCAGUAAAUUAGUACAUGUUUUUCCCCUUGUUUAACCCCCCCAAAACUACACAAGUAGUUUGCCGAAUCUGAGACUGUUAUUCUGGAAAUAUUUUCACCCAUUCUUUUGAGCAACCAAUCAAUUUAAAGUAAUCAUGUAUUAUAAAAUGCUGAAGCGGUAAUUUCAGAGAAAUGAAAAAAAACAAUUUUGGGGACAUAGGAAUACAAUUAUCGACAAAAAUUGCAAUUCUUAAUCUAGCUAUAUAAAAUAUAAAUAUAUAAAAUAUAUAAAAAAUACUUAAUGCAAGGCCAAAGCACACUAUUUUGUUAGUAUAUACCUAUUUCAUAUAUGCAUUGGAUUCUCAAUAAAGCUAAUCACAAGAAAACAACAACUUACAACAACUAAGUCCAAAACGCUCUUCAACUACAGACAUUUCUGUCUGUAGUCAAUGAUCUGUUUGCACUAUUGUACUAUACUUUUAGCAAAUGUUGAAAUCCAGAUGGAUACAGUGGAGAAAAUGGCCUUAAUGAAUUAUGUUUAAUGUCUGAUUUUAUGGCCCAAUCGGUAUGAGUCAUCAGGUUCAUGCAAGCUCAGAGUGUUCUAAGGAUUAAAGACACUCUGCCAGGAUGUGCGCAUGAAUUCAUCACCGUGCCGUAACAGAUUUAAAUUCUCACAUCCUUCUUCUCAAAACAUCAAGGGUCAUCCAUUGUGUUCCACGACAGUUAGCAGAAAAUAUUGUACACAAUGGUGCUUUUAAACACCAACAGAUACUUCUUUGUGAAGUUUGGGAGCCUUGAAGAAUUUUAUUUACGACAUUUCUGCUCUGUACGUAAGACCCCUGCUGUGUUACAACUUUACAACCAUUCAUUUGAUUCAUCAAAUCUACUGUGUAAAAAGUGUCAUAUUUCACUGUUCUAUGAGCUUACAUUGCCUCGGCACAAUCAUUUUGAAAUUGUAACUAGGAAAUAACUGCGCUAGCCCAAUAGGGAAACGUAUCCACAGGCCUCGACCUCUACAUUGUUAUGUAAUGCUGAGGGAAAAACAUGUCAGAUAAUCAAAGCCUUUUGGAUACAAUAUUUAAUAAAAUUUACUUUGGUUGGAAACUUUUAAUAUACAAGCAAAGCACUGCUGCUCAGUCCACCACCUCCCUGUUUGUACCUUUCAAUGAACAGUCUUAAAAAAUGCUUGAAACCACCAUGGUCCGUGUAGGGUUGUGAUGUGAGGCUAACUAUCCUAAAUGAUAUUAUUUGAUUGUUAUAGAGAAGCAUCAGUAGUGGUGUAGUCUCAUGGAUGGAUAGCAAAACAAAGAAAAAUGUACCUUAAAUGUUGAGCACAUGUGCAAUUGACUAAGGAAAUGAUAUAAACUGACCGUGAAAAUAAAUGUUUUUGAAGGAAAAUGA